UCAGGGUCUACACGUCCCGUACGCGUCCAUCAGAGGGGUUACUUAAAUGCGCGCGAGCACUCCCUACCUCAGUUGCCGGGCAAGCUCUUUCCUAGCUGUAACCUAAUCCCUCAUUCGUGAAUUGAAAUUAGUAGUCUUCGGUUGUGUCAUCGGUUUAGAUCUCACCUGGAAGCAGCAUGAUGGUGGGGAAUAUCAUCAUCGGCACUGUGUUGGGCUUGGCCGUGCUAGUAGAGUCUUAUACGAGUGAAAACCUCUGCCCUGGAGGAUUGGUCAAGUGCCCGGAAUACAUGACUUGUUGUCAGCUGGCUAACAAAGAGUAUGGAUGCUGUCCAUUUUCCCAAGCUGUGUGUUGUCCAGACCAUGUACAUUGCUGCCCUCAGAAUAUGCAGUGUGACGUUGCCCAUCAAACGUGUGUAAAGGAUGGAUUUCCAUUUAAAUUCUUCUGGCAAGUUCCUGUGCAGCCAGAACUCCUUGAGGAAGUCAAUACUCCAAGUAACACUUUGGGUCACCAGACAGAGAUCAGUGAACCAGAGCAACUGGAAGAAACCUUGAAGGAAACAAAAUGUCCUGAUGAACAUAACUGUCCAGGAGAUUUUACUUGCUGCAAGAUGUACAAUGGAAAGUAUGGUUGUUGUCCAUUUGAUGGUGCUACAUGCUGUCCAGACACAUUCCACUGCUGCCCAAAAAACUUUAACUGUAACCCAAAAACUGGAGGUUGUUAUAAUAAGGUGAUGAACUUUUCCAUGAAUGCGUAUCGUCUGAAGCCAAAGUCUUCAAAAAUGACUAGCAGGAAAGUUAAAACAAAUCAAGUUCAAAAUGAUUUAACAGUUCCUGGAGGAAAGUGCCCUGAUGGUCACCCUUGCCCAAGCAUAAUGAGUUGUUGCAAGAUGCUUGGCAAAAGUUUUGGAUGCUGCCCGUAUGCUGAUGCUGUCUGUUGCACAGAUUUAAUGCAUUGCUGUCCCCAUGGAACCACCUGCAAUACCACCAUUGGAACCUGUGAUGUGCAAAAAAAUCUGAAAUGGUCUGUUCCUGCCCAAUCCCUCCAGGCUCAUAUGCUGUCUGAGGUGCCAGAAUUUAAGAUAAGUUCAGAAACUAAAUUGGAUAGUGAAGUGGGAAUAGUAUGUCCAAAUAGACAAUACCAUUGUAAUGAUGGAGAAACAUGCUGUCCAGUUGGAGGUGGAGCCUAUGGAUGUUGCCCCAUGCCUCUUGCAACUUGUUGUCCUGAUAGAGUACACUGUUGUCCCCAUGGAUAUGAUUGUGUUAAUGGUGGAUGCAGGAGAAGAGCAGAUUCUCCAAAUAAUCUUGAACUUUUGCUGAAUCAGUUCUCGGCACCAAUUAAGAUUAAAGAGGUGGAAAGCCUUGCCUUAGCAAUGCCAAGUGGUGAAAUCAGUAAUGUGGUAUGCCCUGAUAGGCAGUCACAGUGUCCUGAUGGAAACACUUGCUGUGAAAUAGCUAGUGGUGGAUUUGGUUGCUGUCCAAUGGUGCAAGCAACAUGCUGUGGUGACAUGGAAACAUGUUGUCCAUAUGGUUACUGGUGCACAGAAGGAGGCUGUGAAAGAGUGCCAGGAGUCGCUUCAAAUUUGCUACCAUUUCUGAACAAGACACCUUUGUCACCUAGUUUUUAAAGAAGAAUGAGAUAGAGUAAUGCUGCUGCCAUUGCUCAUCAAACUUUGACUCGCUUAGUAUUAUUUGUUAUUAAUUCUCUCGUCACUUGUAAGUCAUAUUUUAAAUUAAUGUCUUGAGUGUAAACAAAUAUGUCUUGAGUGUCUGCUAUAUUUAAUGAUACAUAGAAUGUAAAUUAAAAAAGGCACUCAUGAGUAAUUUGCAUCUCAUAUAUUGCAAGAGUGAAAUAUAUUAUAACCAACUUCAACAGCAAUUAACUUUAAAUCAUGUCUUGCAUUUUCCAGAAAAAAAUUAUUUAGGUGUGCAAGAUGUAAUACAAAUAUUUUUGUAUAUCACCCUUUUUACAACAAUUGUAAAUAAAUUUUUUUAUAAAAAUUUGUACUGCUUAAUAUACAAAUUUUAAGGUCA